GACAUUGCCGACCUAGCGUGCGCCCGUCGUCAGACCUCGGCCGGUUGGUGCGCUUCCCGUCGGACUAGAAUCCCCACCGCCCGUACUAGGGGCUAGAUAGCCUUCGCUGGACCUAAAUCCCCCUCCCUUAGGUCCUUGGGUGGGUCACGUGCCCCGUCCUGACCUUGCCAUCGUGGCGCUCUGGCAGCUGGGCCAAGCUUUGUCUCUGUUUGCUUUCCCUUGGUAUAGAUCGCUGGAUCGCCUGGCCGGCCGACGACGAGUCGCAAAAAUAUGGCCUUCAUAGAUACCACCAAGGACCUAUCCGCUCUCUUCGACCGCCAGGUCCAGGCUACCCCCGAUCUCGUCGCCCUCGAGGAUGGGCCCACGACCCUCAGUUACGCCGAGCUCGACCGACUGGUUGCCGCCCUAGCCGCUCGUCUUCGCCGCUGCGGAGUUGUCCGCGAUUCCCUCGUCGGCGUCUUGCUCGGCCGGGGCGCCGACUACGUUAUCUCCUGCCUUGCAGCCCUCCGCGCCGGCGGGGCCUUCCUGGUUCUCGAGCUCGCAUAUCCCCCGAGCCUCCUCGCCGACGUCAUCGAAGAUGCCCGUCCGACCGUCAUACUAACCCACAAGGCCCACGCCGACAAGAUCAAGGCAGACAUUCCUCUUAUCGUCCUGGGCGACGAAAAGGUACAUACACAUGGCAUCGACGGCACCAACGGAGUGAAUGGGGCCGAUGACGCUGCUAACAGCCAUCUGCCAUUGCCUCCCGAAGACGACCUCGAGAAGCUCGCCUUCGUAUCGUACUCCUCCGGGACUACGGGGAGGCCCAAGGGCAUCGCAAACCCGCAUAGGGCGCCCGUGCUCUCGUACAAUCUGAGGUUCGCGUUGAGCGACCUCCAACCUGGUGAUCGCGUGGCCUGCAAUGUUUUCUUCGUUUGGGAGAUCCUGCGCCCGCUGCUGCGCGGCGCCACCGUGGUCACCGUUCCGGACGAGACGAGUUACGACCCCGUCGCCCUCGUGGAGCUGCUCCGCUCGAAGCGCGUCACUGAGACCCUCAUGACCCCCACGCUGCUGGCCGCCGUCCUGACUCGCCACUCUCAGCUGGGCACUCGGCUUCCGGACCUACGCACCGUCUGGUUGAACGGUGAGGUCGUCACCACCGACCUUGCACGCCGUGCUCUCAAGGCCCUCCCUAACUCUCGCCUCCUGAACGUCUACAGCGCUAGCGAGACCCACGAAAUCUCCUGCGGCGAUAUCCGGGAUAUGUUCAGCGAGGAGGCUCGCGUCGUUCCCGUAGGUCCACCCUUGGACCCGAAGCACACCUAUAUCCUCGAUGGGGAGGGCAAUAGGGUUGAGCCGGGAGCCGGCGGCGAGCUGUUCGUCGGCGGAGAUCUCCUGGCCCGUGGAUACCUCAAUCUGCCGGAGGCGACAGCAAAAGCUUUCACCGACGACCCCUUUAGCUCUGUCCCGGGAGCGCGGAUGUACAGGACUGGAGACUCGGCGCGGAUUCUUCCGUCGGGACUGCUGGAGAUUACUGGUCGCGUCGGGGCCAUGAUCAAGAUCCGCGGAUAUAGCGUGCAGCCACCCGCGGUCGAGAACGCCAUCGUGAAACACCUAGCUGUCCGCAGUUGCGCCGUCGUCGCCAACGGCGACGGCCUUGACCGCCAGCUCCUCGCCUAUUUUGUGCCCGACGAUGAGCCCGGCAGCCGCACCGUUGUUAAGAUUGACGAGUUUGGACUGAGCCCCGUCGCGCGGCGUGCGCUUUCGGACCACCUGGCGCACUAUAUGAUCCCAGCGCUCUGGGUCGAGUUGGAUAGCCUACCCACGCACGAAGUAUCAGGGAAAGUCGACCUGAAGCGGCUCCCGCCGCCGACGCGGCUGCGCAAGCCGGUCUCGUCGCUCAACGGUGGCGGCGGGGGACAGUCGAGCCGCACGCCACGUAAUCUCGGUAUCGCGCUCGAGGACAUCGCGUGGAUGUGGGCGGCAGCACUCAACAUACCGUUCGCGUCCGUCAUGGCGCAGGAGCACAAUUUCUUCGAUCUCGGCGGCCACUCGCUCGCGCUCGUCGACCUCGUAACCCGGUUUACCGGCGCUUAUGGCUUCCCCGUGCCCCUUGGCCGCCUUGCCGGAAACCCGACGCUGGCGGGGCACCUCGAGGUCGUCCGCGACGCGCGCGACGGCCACACGGCCGCUGUACAGGCUGACUUACCCGCUAUCCUCCGCGCCGACUCUGUCCUUCCUGCUGACAUACAGCCGCCGGUGGGCGCGAAAGUGCGGUGCCUCAGCGAUGCUGAUACUAUCCUGCUGACGGGAGGGACCGGCUUCCUGGGCGCAUUCCUGCUCCGAGCCGUCCUAGACGCGACGGCAGAGAACGGGGCAUAUGUAAUCUGCCUCGUGCGUUUCGCCGACCUGGGAGCUGAGAGCGAGGCCAACGAGGCCGCGGGCGUUGCGCGUAUUCGCCGGAACCUGCUGGACCUUGGGCUGUGGGACGACGCGAUACUCGACCGCGUCGAGGUGUUGCCCGCGAAUCUGGCGCGGCGGCGCUUCGGCCUCGCACCAGACGUUUUCGACGCUCUCGCUGCCCGCGUCCACGUCAUUGUGCACGCCGCUGCCACCGUUAACCUCGUAUAUCCGUACGCGGCGAUGCAGGGAGCUAACGUGUUCGGGACACGCGAGGUGUUGCGGCUCGCGUGUCUAUCGGGCGCGACAGUGCAUCAUGUCUCGACAAACGGCGUUUUACCCCCCUCCGCCGAGGGCGAGGGCUGGACUGAGGACGACGUUCCCCUUGGGGAACCCGAAGAAGUCGUGCGCCGGCUACCCGAUGGUUACGGCCAGACGAAGUGGAUUGCUGAGCAGCUCGUGAUCGAGGCGGCGGCUCGGGGCUUACCCGCCCGGAUCUACCGCCCGGGCACGUUAAGUGGCCAUGGCUCCUCAGGCUCGGCAAACCCGUACGAUUUGCUGAACGCGCUGAUCGUCGAGUCGCUGAGGCUUGGCUGCGCGCCCCGGGUCGAAGGCUGGUACGCCGAGAUGACGCCAGUCGACUUCGUCGCGGGGGCCAUCGCCGCGCUCGCGGACCUCCCGGAUCUGCCUGCCGUGCCGACACAGGACCAAGGGCAACGGCGAGGACAAGAGAAGCCAAAGCAACAGCUCAUCUUCCACCUCGGUGACCCCUCUCCCCUUCCCACGGAGGAAAUCUUCCGCCUACUCGGCGAUCUGGGUUACCCGACGCGACCGCUCGCGUGGGACGCGUGGGUAGAACUGUGGGAGCAGCAGCAGGGAACAAGCCGAGUAAAGGGCGAGAACGAGGGAGGCGGCAGCGGCUUCACGGCCGAUAUCCUGCGUCGUGGGAUGCCGACGGCGGAUUUUCUACGCUCAGCCGCCGUGCUCCGGGACCCGGCGACAGCGACGGCGCUCGCGCGUGCAGGGCUUCGCCGUCCGGCCAUCGACCGCCCACUGCUAGAGACAUAUGUACGGCACUUUUGCGCACGUGGGUGGCUGCCGAUGAGGCCUCGGCGUCACCAGAAGCCACUUCGAAUCAACGGAGUCGACGUCGGACUGAGGCCUAGAGGCCCGCUGGCUGGCCGGGUCGCCGUUGUGACUGGCGCGUCGUCCGGAAUCGGAGCCGCCGUCGCGGAGGCGCUAGCACGCGAGGGGGCACACGUGGCGAUCGGGGCGCGACGAGCGAAUGCGUUAGAGGCGCUCAAAGCCAAGAUCCUGAGUGGUAACGGAGGGCAGGGUGGAGUGAAGGUGCUCGCGCGUGCGACGGAUGUGACGGAUCGAGCGCAGGUGGACGCCCUGGUGCGGGAGGCGGAAGUCGAGCUCGGGUCGCCUCCGGACAUCCUGGUGUGCUGCGCCGGGGUAAUGUAUUAUACGCUGAUGGCGAAUGCUCGGGCUGACGAGUGGGAACGCACGGUCGAAGUUAACUGUAAAGGCCUGCUGCACUGCCUUGCGGCGACGGUACCGGGGAUGGUGGCGAGGGGGCGGGCAAAUAUCACCAACGGCGGCGACAACGAUAAUAACGCUAACCGGGCGCCCGGCCCCCACAUUGUUGCCGUAUCCUCGGACGCGGGGCGCAAGGUGUUCGCAGGGCUUGGCGUGUACUCGGCGAGCAAGUUCUUCGUCGAAGCGGCGCUGCAGGCGCUGCGGCUCGAGACCGUCGGAUCGGGCUUGCGCGUGACGUCGGUGCAGCCGGGCAACACGGCGACGGAGCUCCUCGCCAUGUCGACCGACGCCGAGGCCGUGAAGCGGUACGGCGAGCCGUCGGGGGCCCGCGUGCUCGACGCUAAAGACGUCGCGGACGCGAUCGUGUGGGCCGUCACACGCCCACCCCACGUCGCUGUCAACGAGGUGCUGGUCGAGCCAAGGGACGAGCCGAUCUGAAGGGGAUAUAACGGCCCGGUGGCGGGGGUUGAGGGAUGGGAACAUGGGGAUAUAGGGAAAAUAAAAGGCCGGACAGGAGAGUGAUAGACAAAUACGGGGAAGUCGGAGACCUGACGAUACAAUGUCAUGCUAUCUCUUGUAUCCAAUGUACCCACGCUGAACUCCUC